AUGGCCACGGUUGCGAGUUGGCCCUGCGCCGGCGGGUCGCGGGACAUCUUGUGGCGCGUUUUGGGAUGGAGGAUAGUUACAAGUAUUGUGUGGUCAGUGCUGCUUCUACCCAUCUGUACCACAGUAUUUAUAAUCUUCAACAGCAUUGAUUUAUUGCAUCCUAUACAGUGGCUGUCUGAUUCUUUCAAUGAUCUAUAUAGUUCCUAUGUAAUCUUUUACUUCCUGCUGCUGUCGGUGGUAAUAAUAAUAAUAAGUAUUUUCAAUGUGGAGUUCUACUCAGUUGUGCCUUCCAUUCCCUGCUCCAGACUGGAACUGAUAGGGAAAAUCAUUCAUCCUCAGCAGCUCAUGCAUUCAUUUGUUCAUGCCGCAAUGGGAAUGAUGGUGGCUUGGUGUGCUGCAGUGAUAACCAAGGACCGAUAUAGUUUUCUUGUGGUUCCCUGCACUGAUACGGAGAGCUUAGAUGGCCCUGCUGCACAAUCCUGCUUAAAUGAAUAUCACCUUUUUUUCCUACUGGCUGGAGCAUUUAUGGGCUAUUGCUAUAGCCUCCUGUAUUUUAUUAACAACAUGAACUAUCUUCCAUUUCCCAUCAUUCAGCAAUACAAGUUUUUGCGCUUUAGGAGAUCUUUGCCCUUACUAGUUAAACACAGUUGUAUGGAAUCACUGUUCCUGAUUAGAAAUUUCUGCAUUGUAUAUUACUUUCUUGGCCAUAUUCCCAAAGCUUGGAUUAGCACUACUAUGAACCUUCAGAUAGAUGAGCAAUUUCAUAGGCCUCUUGAUACUGUGAGUGGCCUCUUGAAUCUCUCAUUACUCUACCAUGUCUGGUUAUGUGGAGUCUUUCUUCUGAUGACUUGGUACAUCUCGUGGAUACUCUUCAAAAUCUAUGCCACAGAGGCUCAUCUGUUCCCUGUUCAACCACCAUUUGCGGAAGAGUCAGAUGAAUGCCUCCCAAAAGUCUUAAACAGUAAUCCACCCCUCAUCAUAAAGUAUUUGGCCUUACAGGACCUGAUGUUGCUUUCUCAAUAUUCUCCUUCACGAAGACAAGAAGUUUUUAGUCUUAGUCAACCAGGUGGACAUCCCCACAAUUGGACGGCCAUUUCAAGGGAGUGUUUGAAUCUUUUAAAUGAUAUGACUCAAAAAUUGGUUCUCUACCAAGAAGCUGCUGCAACGAAUGGAAGAGUAAUGUCUUCCUCAUACUCAGUGGAGCCUAAGAAAAUGAAUAUUCCAGAAGAAACUACUUUUCAGACCCCAAAAUCUAGUCAGAUGCCUCGGUCUUCAGUGCCACCGUCAGUUAAGACAUCACUGUUUUCCCCAAAAUUAUCUACACCUGAAAUUUCAAGUCCCCUUGGACCUCCUUUUGGCUCUACUGUGAUAAAUCGGAUGGCUGGAACUUUUGAUGCAACCACUGGCUAUGGGUCACCUGAAAGUUCUCAGCUAAUAAGAAGAGGGCCAAGGUUAUGGUCUUCUACCCCUGAUCAGCAAAUGAAUGGAUUUUCCAAUCUUGCAUCUACUCUUAGUGCUGAGGGUAAGACAAUGAGACAGCCCAGUGUGAUUUAUUCAUGGAUUCAGAAUAAACAUGAACAGAUUAAGAAUUUCAUGUCAAAACGGGUGCUGAUAAUGUAUUUUUUCAGUAAGCACCCAGAGGCCUCCAUUCAGGCUGUUUUUGCAGAUGCCCAAAUGCAUAUUUGGGCUUUGGAAGGUUUGUCACACUUAGUAGCAGCGUCAUUUACAGAAGAUAGAUUUGGAGUUGUCCAGACUACACUACCAGCAAUUCUUAAUACUUUGUUGACACUGCAAGAGGCAGUUGACAAGUACUUCAAGCUUCCUCAUGCUUCCAGCAAACCACCUCGGCUUUCAGGAACCCUUGUGGACACUUCCUAUAAAACAUUAAGAUUCGCAUUUAGAGCAUCACUAAAAACUGCCAUCUAUCGAAUAACUACUACAUUUGGUGACCAUCUGAAUGCUGUGCAAGCAUCUGCAGAACAUCAGAAAAGACUUCAACAGUUCUUGGAGUUCAAAGAAUAG